UGUUCAUUCAUAAAGACACAUUACUUCCCUCUUCUUUCAUUUAACACCUUACCAUGAUCCGAAUCGCAUUGCUGGCUCGUGGACAGUCUCAGUCACAAUUACAGGGACGCCGCUGCCUAACUCUAUCCUACUGCUCCUUUCCUCCUCCUUCUUCUUCAUUCUUUCCUUCUCUUAACCUUCCAUCAUUACAAUGCAAUCGUGCAUUCUCAACUUCAUACAAGUCAUUUUCUUCUUCUUCUCCUUCUUCCAAAAGUACGGUACAGUCCAACAGACCAUUUAGGCUUGCAGUGAUUGGCAGUGGCCCUGGAGGAUUUUAUACGGCACACCGGGUCUUGAAGAAUAUUCCUGAAGCAAAAGUCGAUAUGUUUGAAGCCCUUCCAGUUCCUCAUGGUCUUGUUCGAUUUGGUGUUGCACCCGAUCACCCUGAGGUCAAGAAUGUGAUGAGCACGUUUGAUGAAGUAGCUCAGAACCCCAACUUUACAUUUAUUGGAAAUACAUCCGUGGGAACAUUUAUCAGCCCCUGUUCCAAGAAGGCGGAUCUGGAGAUCUCGGACCUUCGACCUCAUUACGAUGCUAUCCUUCUGGCCUAUGGCGCUCAUGAAGAUCGUCUCCUGGGGGUGCCUAAUGAACAGUCUCUUAAAGGGGUCAUGGCAGCUCGAUCUUUUGUUGGAUUUUAUAACGGUCUUCCGAAUGAACAACAUUUAGAAUCAGAUCUGGAUCUUUUAAUAUCUCGAUCUGAAACUGCAGUCGUGCUCGGUCAAGGCAACGUGGCUUUGGAUGUCGCUCGGAUCCUUUUGACUCCGCUGGAAGACCUUAAAAAGACCGAUCUAACUGACAAGAUGAUCAAAAUUCUGGAAAAGAAUCGGAUCAAACAUGUCUAUGUGGUCGGCCGUCGUGGACCUCUCGAGGUCGCUUUCACAUCAAAGGAGUUUAGAGAGAUGUUGCAUUUACCUGAUACAACUUUCCAUAUGGAUCAAGCUUUAUUGACCUCAGAGUUGGAGCGAGCUGGGAAAACAUUGGAUCGACCUCGGAAGCGGUUGAUGGGAUUAUUGGAAAAGGGAAUCAAGGAAUCCAAACCAAAUCAACCCAAAUCCUGGUCUCUUUUAUUCCUGCGCAGUCCCCUGGGUUUCCAAGGGGAUGAACAUGGCCAGUUGACUUCGAUUGAAUUGGGUAUCAAUCGUUUAGAGGGAGAAGAGCAUAAUCGUAAAGCCGUACCAACGGGUGAAACAGAGACCUUGAAAUGUGAUUUGGCUUUCCGGAGCAUUGGUUAUAAGAGUUUGGGCAUCCAAGGUGUACCCUUUGAUAGUCGGAAAGGGAUCAUACCGAAUGUUGACGGCAAAGUUGUGGAUGCGGAUCAAAUUGUUGUCCCUGGUUUUUAUGCGGCAGGCUGGCUCAAGCGUGGACCUAUUGGAGUGAUUGCUUCCACGAUGGCAGAUGCAUAUCAAACAGGGGACACUAUUAUUGCUGACUGGACUAGUGGCCAACCCAUGCUGAACAACAAUAGCAGCAGCAGCAAUAACAACAACAACAACAACAAUCAAAGUAACCCAGUGUUGGAUCUACUCCGUUCUAAGGGUCACAAGACUGUCUCUUAUGACGACUGGAAGAAGAUUGAGCAAAAGGAGUUUGAAUUAGGUGGCAAGGUUGGUAAGCCUAGAGAAAAGUUUUUGACAGUGGAGGAGAUGCUCAAAGUGCU